CGAAAACCCAUGAUGGUUUUCUUAUGAUCGCUGCUACUGGCUAGUAUACAAUCUCUCGGCGUUUCCGUGUUCUAAUCGAUAUAUAUACUGUACAAAACGCUAGCCGUCUCAUACACUUUCUACUUAGUAUCCCUUGCAUGGUGGACACGAUGUUGGAUGUUUAUAACCCUAAAGCACCUCGUAGAUAUUCGCAGUCAUCGUUAUCAUCAUCGCAGACGACUCAACUCAACCGCCCCCAUCAACCCUACUCACACAAUAAAUACCAGCCUACCAAAGACAAGAAACAUAUCAAUGAGGAUGUCUCAAGUUCAGCAGUACUGGCUACCAGGAUACGGUCUAUCACGACAUAUUGUCCUCGGACAUAUACAAUUCUUCCUAGGACCAUCAGCAUCUGUCAGACCAUACACAUACCAGGGACGCGAAGGUUAUCUAAUAGUCGGUGUACCUCUAACGAGAGAACAAAUUGACGAUCUUGCGGCCAUGUCACGAGAAUAUGAACGGCAAGAAACGCUUCGGAUGGCGGGCGAUCUUACCAACGAAAUAUCUACCAGACAUGCUGAGCCCUAUAUAAAUGAGAUCGUCCCCGUUCGAGCUUCGGUUCCACGCAGACGUCCGUUCGAAUAUGAAACUCGACGUGGUCGGUAGUCACUUAAAGAACAAGACUGAAAAAAAAUAAAAAAAUAAAAAAAAAAAAAACGAAAAGAAAAGAAAAGAGAGAAAAGGGAAUUUACCAUUUUAUGCCAAGCAAGAGAUAUCCUUGAUUUGUUUUUGAGCGUCUUGUUCUACGGCUCCUCGCUGUUAAUAAGAUUAGAAUGACUGUUUUCAUUUACUACAUUCACAUUAUACGUCUGUCCGAUUAGCUAUGCCUCUUUGUCUCUAACGUUGUGCUGAAAGGGAGGUAGAGAUAGAUUGCUAAUCUUCAUCAUUCAUACAGCCCUGUUAUUUCAUCUCAGCCUUUUUACUGUCCAUCAAAAAGC